AUGAGCAAGAACAAGAAGCUCCAAGGGGAUGAGUCAAUCACAAACAGACCUAUGGUCGAACAAUCCAUUCGACACGGGAAACGAGCUCUACAGGAGAAAGAUUGGGAUGGCGCAAGAGAACAAUUCGAUAAAGCUAUCAGCUUGGGUGGGAAGCGAAAUAUCAGAUUACUCGAUUAUAAACUGAGAGCUCUCAUUGAACUGCCUCAUUGGCAUCGAACAGCCAAUGAAAUCACGAAGAUCAUGAUUGCGACGGAUCCAGAAGAUUACAGAGGAUACUAUCGUCAUGCUAAACUCUUACACAAGAUGGGCGGGAUAGAAGCUGCUUUAAACUCGAUUAAUCAAGCUAUAAAAGUUGGACCUACAAAAUCGCAAGAUGAGCGCAUUUAUAAAGCAUUACAAUGGUAUAGAUCAGAUUUGAUUUUCGUUCAACAUGAAAACGAACAACGUAGAGCUGCACAAUCGCAAGUAGAAAGAAAUCGGAUUGAAGCUGCUCGUAUUGUAGCUAAGAAAGCGAAAAUCAAUUUCAUCAAUCGACUUUCUCCUGAUGUGUUGAUCAACAUUGCCGAAGCUGGAUUAAUCGAUGAUCCGGGAUUCGUCGUUAAGAUGGCUGGAGUAUGUAGAAAUUGGAGAAACAUCUUACUCAAUACUGGAAGCUUAUGGUCCACUCUCAUCUUAGGCAAAAAGAGGGUUGUAGAAAGAGCCAAAUUUUAUCUGGAAAGGAAUAAGGGAAAUAUCAAAGAAUUGAUCGUUAAAGAAGAAUUCGAAAUGUAUCGAUUUCCAAUCAUCACUGGUUUACUCAGCCCUUAUUUGAGCAAAGUGAGACGAUUAACUAUUCUUCAAAGUUCAGUAUUAUUACAACAUGACUGGAAGAAAAAGUUCUGCCAUCUAGAGUACCUUCGAAUCAAGAGUGAUAUCCUAGGUAUAGGUACAGACUUAGUAUACCGGCUACUCAGUCCGGAUGCUGCGAGCUUAUUGGAAUUGGACAUCGAAGGCGGUGGUUAUGGUCACAUAUACAGCAGAUAUGAUGAAAAAGCUGAAGGGGUGCUCAACAACAAUUCUGAAGAAGAAGAAGAUCCUCCGUUCUGGACAGAAAACUCAUCAGUACAUCUCAAUAGAUUGCGGGUAUUGCGUUUGAAAAGAUGUUUCAUUUACGCAGCUUGGCCCGAUCAUACAGAGCUACUAUCUCACCUCCCUUCAAUCGAGAUAUUCGAGAUGAACAACGUAGUGUGGAAUUCGAUAGAUACGAUGAAUGACCCGUUGGCUAGGCAAUGGUACGAUCGACGAUCUGCUCGAGGCUUAGAUAUGACGUUACAAGAUCUAAACACAUAUAAAAUCACCGGCUCAGCAAAAAACCUAGCACUAUACAACAUCAAGGCACCUCGAUUACAACAUCUCGAUAUUUGGUCUGCUCAUGCUUCAGGUUCAGCAUCAAUCGCUCCUCAUAUACUCACACCUGGUCUGGCAGCUGCUUUACCCAACCUUCUCUCGUUGGAUAUCGGUAGAUGUACUAUUGAUCAUCGUGAUAUGCUUGAUAUUUUACCUAAACUGAAAUCACUAAAGUUCCUGAACGUUUCGUACUGCCCACUCGAUAAUGCCUUUUUGGAAGCUUUAGAAAGAAAAGGUAACGAAAAGGACCUAUUACCGAAUCUUAUGGCCCUUUCUAUUGCUGGUAAUACGGAGAUCACAUCUGCGCCUUUGAGGCGGUUCGUUCUCUCUCGAACUCCCGGAGGAUUGAAGCCACCCAAACCUUCUCCUGUCCCAAAGAAAGGUAGUGCAUUCAGACCUUCCGUACCGAAGCCUUCUCCCUUCGCCCCUUCUACAUCACAUUCACAAUCCUCUCAUCAAUCCACCAAAGUCAACUUGACUCAGCCUCCCAAUCCCACUGCCAAUUCUAGCAAACCCGAAGUCACGCUUCCCAGUAUCCAAUGGCUCUGCCUUGAUAAUUGCGACAGAGUCGAAUUCGAAAUAGUAGAUUAUCUGCGAAGAAAAGUUAGGUAUAUCUCGCAACAAUUCAGUACGAACAUAGUUGAGAAUAGAAUCAGAGGUAAAGGUAAAUACAGCUGGGAGGGGGAAUAUGAUAUAGGUUGUGGAACGGGUGAAUCAGGAUGCCAAUUAAGGAAACUGCCAGGUUCAAAAGAUGGAUAUUACGUCCAUCAUACAUGCAAGCAAGCUAUGCCUGACGACCAAGAUGAACGUGGAUGGUCUUUGACGCAAUCAAGCCAAACACAAUCGCAGACACCAGGGCAGAUAACUCAACUGAGAUACACAUAUAGCGGUCCUUGGCAAUGA